CACCCCACCUAGGCGACCUGCGGACGGGGGCGGGGAGACGCGGCGGGGACGCGCGGUGCGGCGGUUGAGCGUCCGGGAGAUGUGGGCACCGAGCGGCCCGGGGCCCGCGGGCUGGGACCGCCGCAGGGUGGGCGCGCGACUACGAGCAGCACUGGCGGGGCUGCAGGAGCUUCAGGGGCUGCGCGCCACGCAGCAAGCGCGAGUGCGGGGAGCCCUGGGCCUGCACCAAGCGCCAGGGCCCCGGGGCCAGGAGCUGAGGCUGGAGGCGGCGCUGGCCGCGCUACGGGAGCAGCUGUCACGGCUAAGGAGACAGGAUGCUGGCCUGAAGACCCACUUGGACCAGCUGGACCAGCAGAUAAGUGAACUGCAGCUGGAUGUAAGCAGGUCACCCUGCGAGGCCUUAGACAGUGACAGCAGGCCCAGCUCAGGUUUCUAUGAGCUGAGUGAUGCCGGUUCCUGCUCCCUGUCCACCUCCUGUGCAUCUGUCUGCAGCGACCGUCUAUCCCCCUCCCUGGGAAGCUGGCUGCCUGCGCUCCAGCCCUCCAAGUCCAGGUCUGGCAUGGGGGACUGGCGACCCCGCUCUGCUGAUGAGACCACUGUCCCUGCGUGGAGCCCACAGCGCACAGAAGAUAGCAGGCUCCUGCAUGGUGCAGAGGACACAGGCCGGCUGAGGGGCAUGUUCCGGCCCAGACCGGUGUCUACAGGCGACCUCGAGAGAGUCCUUCCAGCUGACACGGGGCUCCAGAGUGCUGGCACUGAUGCCUCAUCCCUCCUAUGCCAGGGGAUAGAGAUCCCAGCCCAUGCACUGGACCCCAAGUACCAGCGUGAUCUGGUGGCCAGGGGAGGCCAGGAGGUGUACCCGUAUCCCAGCCCCCUCCAUGCAGUGGCUCUGCAGAGCCCUCUUUUUGCUUUGCCUAAAGAAGCUCCGUGUUUCGACAUCUACUCACCCCCCGAGGAGCCUCCUCUGGUCCCUGCUGACCAGAACGGGACUCAGCCUGAGCCUGAGCCCACCCGUGAGCUGGGCUCAGCCGAAGCCUACAUCCACAGACUACUGCGUCUGCGGGGCCAAGAGCUCCCCCUGAGAGAGGUGGGGCAGGAGCAGGGAGGAGACGCAGCUGCUUUUCCACAGAAGUCCUGUGGCCAGAGGUCAGACGGGAUGGGUCAGCUGGAGAAGCCAGCCUGUGGGGCUGACUGGGGAGGAAUGAAACCAAGUAGGGGUGCUGCCAAGGACAGCCUCAGGCAACAGGGCCCUGUGUCCCUUGUGGGUACUGAGGCCCUCAGCAGCCCCCUAAAGGAGGAAACCAUACCUUGGAAUCCCUGUGUCCGUGGAGACAAUGCUGUUGGUUCCUCUCCCUCCUCCCAGAUCCAGCAGCCUUACACUGACUGUGCCCAAGGGCCAGUCCUAUCACCAUCAAGGGUAUUGGGACCUGAGAGCCCGCCUCUGGCCCCGGGGCCCUUUGCUUAUACAUCCUCCACUACUAAUGAAACCUCCCCAUUGAGGCUGAGGAUGGGCUCUCCCCAAAACAAGGCCAUGAAGGUCAAAAGAAGAGUUAGCGAGAAAGUACCACGGCUGGGGAAGCAGCUCCCACCACAACCGGAGAAACAGCGGGGCAUUCAUGCCGCGUGGUCCACAGAGAUGGACCCCUCCUCCAGACCCCAGCAGGGAGGUCUCAAUAGGAGACCCACACUGGCCAGAGAGCCUCCUGGACGAUCCUGCUCUGAGUCCACCCUCUACCCUGUGCCCCUCCUCGUCCCCCUAGUGGUGACCCAGAGGGAAAGUUACCCAGCCUCGUCCCAAGCUCUCUUCCCAAUGGAGGCAGCCCUCCUCAGCUCCGCAGCCAGGCGGAAGCAGCGCAGGUGGCAGUCCACUAUGGAGAUCUCAGCUAAAUCCCGUUCGGUCAGCCGACCUGGGCCCAAUUUGGGGCCCCCUAAGUCCCCAGCCAAGAGAACAGGUGGUCCCCGAGCCCAGAGCAGGCCCUCGCUUGCCCGCCAGGAUGCCUGUGCGAGGAGUGAGUCAGACCCCUCAGAGCACUCUGCAGAGUGCGCCUCGUUAUUUCACUCUACCAUUGCCGAAACCAGCGAGGACGAGGAGGCUAGCGACCACACUGCCAACCGCUUUGGGGACGAGUCCAGCAGUAACGAUUCAGAAGACUGUGCCCAGAGCAGCCGCCGCGGCCUGGCAAUAGGCAGUGCAGAGGCUGCGCAAGGGGGAUGGGCCUGGCCUCCGGUGCCACUCCAGCAGUUCUCGCGGGCACCAGGAGGCACCAGGCCAUCCCUGCCCCCUGUGCCCAAACUGUGCCGCAUAAAGGCCUCCAAGGCCCUGAAGAAGAAGAUCCGAAGGUUCCAGCCAGCAGCCCUGAAGGUCAUGACCAUGGUGUGAUACCAGCGUUUCAGGACAAGCCCUGGACCCCAGAAAGUGCCAUGAGAUGUGGUAUCCCGUGCCAUGUGAUGAGUAGGCGAAGGAUUGUACCAACCUGCUAUUUUGCUUAGGUUUCUCAGAUACCCUUCUUACUGUGGUUGUGUCAUCUGGAGUGACAUCCCCUCCAGCCCUCUUCAUUGCAUGAUCUCAACCACAAUUUGGUUCCCCACCAUACUCUGCCUGCUUUGUGGGGAGAGGUCUCUAACAUUCCUCCCCAGAGACUUCCUAGAAUCACGGCAUCCUGUUGGGGGAGGGGGAGCUAGAUUUGCAUUUAACUCCAUAUUACAGUUGUCUGAAUAAAUACCUACACCAUGCUGCUAGAGCUCCAAAUAAAAGAACCACAUUUCCUUUCACCUCA